CACCACUACCAUGAGCACCUACACGCGCAUCGUCCUCCAAGAGCGCCCCGGCGCCGGCGACAUCACGCCCACCACCUUCCGCACGGAAUCCCUGCCCCUCGCAGGCCUGGCGCCGAACGCCGGCGAGCUCCUCGUCCAGGUCCACUGGCUCUCCCUCGACCCCGCCAUGCGCGGCUGGCUCAACGACGCGCGCAGCUACGUCCCGCCCGUCCAGAUCGGCGAGGUCAUGCGCGCCGCGGGGCUGGGCACGGUCGUGCAGGCCGGCGAGGGCGCGGCGUUCAGGGCGGGCGAUCUGGUCAGGGGGACGUUUGGAUGGACAGAGUAUGCGGUUAUGAAGGCCAAGGCCGUGGAGAAGAUCGAGCUACCCAAGGGCGCCGAGCUCCUCGACUUUCUCGGUCCCCUGGGCAUGUCCGGCAUGACCGCCUACUUCGGCCUCGAAGACGUCGGCCAGCUCCAACCCGGCGAGACCCUCGUCGUCUCGGGCGCCGCGGGCUCCGUCGGCUCGCUCGUCUGCCAGAUGGGCAAGAAGCGCGGCGCAAAGGUGGUCGCCAUCGCCGGCUCGCCCGAGAAAUGCGCGUGGCUCGAGCGCGAGGUCGGCGUGGACCGCGCGUUGAAUUAUAAAGACCCGCAGUGGAAGGAGGAGAUGAAGAAGGUGGGGUGGGUGGACGUGUAUUUCGAUAAUGUGGGCGGGGAGAUGUUGGACUUUUUGUUGACGAGGUUGAACAAGGGGGCGAGGAUCGCGUUGUGUGGCGCCAUUUCGGAUUAUAACAGGAAACCCAAAGGCCUCACAUCCUACCUAGCCCUCAUCGGGCAGCGCGCCAAGCUGCAGGGGUUCAUCGUGUUCGACUAUGCCGACCAGUUCCCAAAGGCGAUGAAGGAGAUCGCGGGGUGGCUCGCAGAUGGCAGCCUGAAGCGCAAGUUCCAUAUCGUCGAGGGCCUGGAGAACGCGCCCUCGGCGCUGACCAUGUUGUUCACCGGCGGCAACACCGGGAAAUUGGUCGUCAAAGUCGACCACGGAGCCAAGUCCAAGCUAUGAGCCCUUCAUGACGGACGGACAGACCAUUACUUACGUUGUUCAUACGCUUCGAAAAAAGGGAACGCAUUCCGGGAGCUACACACCAUCCGUGCGUUCGUGUACACUAUCAGCUCCGGCCAAAUAUAUGUUUUACUAGUAUAAUACAACAGGACAGCAGAACAGGCUGGAAAAAGGGUAGCGAUGUAGCGGGGCAAGAUCUCGUGGCAGCAUCUGAGAAUCGUCAUCAUGGGUUCAUGGGUUGAGCUCCGUGACCUCCUUUACGUCCACGCCGGACGAGGACGACGCGGAGCGCCGCCGGCGCACGAGCUCGUCGUCGUCGUCGUCCUCCUCGGCGUGGUGCGCCAUGUGGCACUCGACAAACUCCCUGUGCGCGUCCGGCACGAUGCGGUUCGAGUCGGCGAGGAAGAGCUCGUAGACGGCGGCGGCGAAGAGCGUGCUGGGGAUGUUGGUGAGCGCGGCGAUGGCCGCGUAGCGCCCGCCCGCGGCUUUGGUGCCCCAGAUCGUGAGCACGAGCAGGCGGC